AUGAUCAUAACCAUACGUUUAUGUCUUACCAUUAAAUCAAUUGGACCGCUUGUUGAAUUUGCCAAAAAUAAGGCAAUUAGUUCAUGCUCUGCGCUCGAACUUACUGCGUCGGCAGUAGUGUCACUUCCGCAUAUUAUGGCAGGUGGAUUAAAUCGAGCAACGGUUGAUAGUGUUAACCUUGCGAUUAAAGGAUUAGAAAAAACGAUAGAUUUAUCGAUAGUCGCAAUAGAAGGUAUUAUCGUUUGGUUGAUUCAUGUAUACAAACGGACAUAUCUAUGUCUUUUGGAAUUUGCAGUAAGGGGAUCGAUUGGCGUAUUAUCAGAAUCUGUCAAAGUAUUAGGUGAAUCAGCCAAUGAAAUGAUAAGUGGAAUUAAAUCCGGGUUAGAUAAUGAAAUAUCAGGAAUUAGUUCAACACUUGACGAUUUAAGAAAUUCAAUUGGGGCCAUAGGAGUAAAUAUACCAACUAUUAAUUUAUCAACCGAACCUUUGGCUAAUUUUCAAUUACCAACGACCAACAUUGUUGAAGGAAUUGACGCAUUAAAUGAAAAUCUUCCAACAAUGGAUGAAAUUGAAACGAAAAUUUCAGCAUUAGCAUCAGUUCCGUUUAAUGAAUUAAGAGGAAUUGUUAAAGAUGCUGUUUCAAAUAUUCAAUUCAAUCAAAGUGUUUUACCCACACCGCCAAAAAAUCAAGUAAAAUUUUGUGCAGAUAAUUUAAACCUUGAUAUUUUUGAUGAGGUAUCAAAUGAGCUGAUUAAAGGAGUGUAUAUCGGCAUUGGAAUUCUCAUAACAAUAAUUCUAUUAAUGAUCGUAUUUAAUAUGGUGAUUAUUUGGCUUAAAAACAAAAAUUCUGGUUUUAGAUUAAUUAGAAUGGAAGAUGUUUUCAUAUGGAUUACAAAUGGAUCAAAGAUUUUUAAAAACAAUGAAAAUAAAGAUUUGUAUAUUUGGUUCUGGCAUUACAUCCUUCACAAACCGGCAUUGAUCUGUUUAUUGAUAGGAAUAACUGGUGUAUUAGGAAUUUAUUUACAAAUUUUUAUUCUUAAUACAGUCAAACAGGUUAAUAAACAAACAAUCGUUGAUUCGAUUAAUGAAUUUAGUAAUUCUAUCGCAAAUUUAAUUGAUUCGCAAUUAGUUUCGACUUCGAAACAAUUUUCAAACGAUAGUAACACCGCAAUCCUUUCCUUAGAGAAUGAUUUGAAUCAGAAUUUAUUCGGAUGGGUCAAUACGACAACGACUACGUUAAAUAAUACGCUAAAUGUCGCGGUAGAUGAAAUUUCGACCUUUGUUCAAAAUACUUUUAGCGGGGUACCAAUAUUAUUAACAGCCGUAAAUCAAUUAGUUGAUUGUUUAAUUUUAAAUAAAAUAGAAGGAAUCCAAACCGGACUAAAUUUUAUUAGCGAAAACGCUUUCAUUGGUUUACCGCGCGUAAAUGAAGCCGUCUUGUCGGAUUUUAAUAGUGGUAUGAAUGAUUUUGUGGUUGGUCAAGCUACAAAUGAACUUGUUGGUAGUAAAGAUGGUGAAAUUGGUGGUGAAAUAGGGAAAAUAUUUGACGCAUAUGAAGAGACCUUACGGUCAGAAUUAAUCUUAUUUUGGUGUUUGAUUUCUGUUUGGUUCAUUGUUAUCUUCAUGGCCUUGAUUGGUGUGUUGUGGGAGCUAUUUCAACGUAGGAGAAGAAACAAAAUUAAUAUUAGAGAUGGUGCUGAUACAAAAACGAAUCCUAAGCCUGAUUUCUCUCAAAGAGACAUUAUUAACCCUCUUCCAGCUCGACCUCGACCUCCUUUACCACCCAAACCAAUCAAAAAAAAUGACAGUGACAGUGAUUUAUGUUGA